AUGGCGGUAGGGCGGCGGAGCGAGGCGGCGACGCCGUACACGAGAGAGAUCCACGUGAAGACGACGCGCUUCGAGAUGGAGGCCACGCCGCGGGCGCACGGCGAGCCGUGCCUCGCCGUGCGCGUCCGGUGCUCCGUCCGCGUGUCCAGCGAGCAGCGGUUCAUCGGAGGGACGAGCUGCCGUGUCGAGCUCACGGCCGGCGUCGGGGACGGGGGCGGGGAGGCGGAGUUCGCCGUCGACGACCCCGCCGUGCUCCGGAGCGAGGACGCGUGCCGCGGCGCCAUCCGCCGGAUGCUGAUGACGCUGCCGCAGCUCAUGUGGUACUACGGGGACCGCGCCGACGAGGCCCAGUGGGAGGACUACGCCUGCGACGUCUCGAUGCACGUGCACGCGAGCCUCGUGUACAGCGAGGCGAAGGCGCUGGUGGAGUCGUGCGAGGCCGCAACGCCGGCCGCUGCUCGCCGCCGUGGCAGCCACGUUAAUGACGAGGGCGGCGGCGGCACGGCGCAGUGCGCCAUCUGCAUGGAGGAGUUAUCGUCGUCGGCGGCGGCGGGGGCUGAUGCCAGCGACGACGACGUGACGAAUCUACCAUGCUGCUCGCACGCUUUCCACAGAGGCUGCAUCCUCCGGUGGUUCGACAAGGCGCCGACGUGCCCAUUCUGCCGGCGAGACAUGAUGCAGUAUCUCACUGCCACCUACCGUCUCUAUCACAUGCUGCAGCAUUACAUCCCCAACAAAAAAUUUUGA